UGUAUCCUGCUGUGCAAGUAAGGUCGGGGUCGGUCGUGGUGUGAAGUGAGAGUUACGGUGUGAGGUUGUGUAGGAGUAGUUGCGGAAGCUAUAAAGUAUAAUUACUUCUCGUAUUCGUCACAAUGGCGGGAGAAAAGGCGAAGACGAUUCCAAAUUCUGUUAAGUUUCUUUUCGGUGGACUUGCCGGCAUGGGAGCAACGUGUGUCGUCCAACCCCUUGAUUUGGUAAAGAACAGGAUGCAGUUAAGUGGCGAAGGAGGAAAAGCAAGGGAAUACAAGACAAGUUUUCAUGCAAUUCAAGGAAUAAUAAAAAAAGAAGGAAUUGUGGCUAUGUAUACUGGUCUGUCAGCUGGACUCCUUCGACAAGCUACCUAUACAACAACAAGACUUGGAAUAUAUACUUGGCUUUUUGAAACGUUCUCAGGGGCUGAUGGCAAGCCCCCAGGUUUCUUUGUAAAAGCAGCUCUGGGAAUGACAGCCGGAGUAGCAGGUGCUUUUGUAGGAACACCAGCAGAAGUAUCAUUGAUCAGAAUGACAGCUGAUGGUCGUUUACCUCCAGCAGAACGACGUAACUACAAAAAUGUGUUUGAUUCGUUAUUCCGAAUUGUAAAAGAAGAAGGGGUUCUCACACUCUGGCGAGGUGCAAUUCCAACCAUGGGCCGAGCCAUGGUGGUGAAUGCUGCUCAGCUUGCAUCCUACUCGCAAGCCAAACAGUUCCUCCUUGAUACAGGUUACUUCAAAGAUAAUAUAUUCUGCCACUUUGUUAGCAGUAUGAUUUCUGGCCUUGUUACAACAGCUGCCUCAAUGCCAGUUGACAUAGCAAAAACAAGAAUCCAGAAUAUGAAGACAAUUGAUGGAAAACCAGAAUAUACUGGUGCCGUUGAUGUACUAGCAAAGGUUGUACGCAGAGAGGGUUUCUUUGCCCUGUGGAAAGGAUUCACUCCAUACUAUGCUCGACUUGGGCCACACACUGUUUUGACAUUCAUAUUCCUGGAACAGAUGAACUAUUUGUAUAAGAAAUAUGUUCUUGGGGACACAAGUGGAAAAGGAGGUGGACUGUAAACGAACAAAAGAAGAAGACUGCAAAUUGUUGGACCUAGUGUCUGUUGUUGUAUGUUAUUGCUUUUCAUUUAAAGCAGAGGAAACUGUUUUUGCUAUUAUAAAUUAUAAAAUAUUUUAUUAUUAAUAUUUACUCCUUACUCUAUCAGAUUUCUCCUUUUAGUUGAUUGUUUAUUAGACCAUAAAGUUUAAAAUGUUCUGUUACUCCAAUUUAAUCUGAACUGAAAUAUUUGGAAUAAGCAUAUUUCAUGCAUUUGACAUACAUCAUGUUGAUAAAAUUUCUUUCAUUUAGUAACUGUUGGGAAUAUUUAGUUGUAAAGUACUGAAUAAUAUAAAUUCCAUAAAAUAUAAGAGAAUUGUGAAAUUAUCAUUUUCAUUAAUUGUACAAAGAAAAUUAAAUUUUAUGGGAGAAAAUACUGAAUUUCAAAUGAAUUUAGGCUAUUCAGUAAUUGGAACAGGAAUUGGUUCUACUCACAAAUUAAAGUUAAAUUUUAAAGGUAAGUAGAACUUUGAAACCAUUGAACCAAUAUCAUUUAUUGUCACAAAACUCUGAGCUAGUGUUCUAUGGCUAUCAUGAACAGUAAUUUUUAUACCUCAUAAAGAUUCAAAUCAAGGAUGUUUAUAUGCAAGAACUGUGAAACUGGCAGGAUGUGUAACUGGUUGUAAAUGAUGCUAAAAUCACUGAUGGUUAUCUAGUUGUAGGAAUAUUUGAGGAGAGGCUGAACAUCAUUCCAAGUAGUAAUGCAUACUUUUUGAAAAAUAUAACCUUUAUCUGGAAAGAAAAAAUAAAAGCUGUCACUAUAUAUAGUCUUUGCUUUCCCAGAAUAUGCAUACCAGUAAUAUUCACUUCCAAAUUAAUGAAGGGUUUUGGUAGCAGAUUUACCAAGUUUCACCCGAAACUUG